ACGCAGAUAAUAGAAAUUCACUUGUCCACCUAAAACGAACGAAGAAUUUGCUUUAGAAAUUAAAGUCUGGAAAGUUUCACUAGCAAACUUGAACCAGAUCCACAGACUUGACAACACUCACUGAGCCUUCCCUUUCAUCCAAUAAUCAAAUCAUUGUGUUUAAUUGGAUUGUUAUGAGAAGGAUCGCUUUGUAUUCUCUCCUCUCACUGGAGAUAUAUUAUUUUGAGUGACUAGUGAGUUUUAUGAAAGAAAAUAUUCCACUUGGAGAUAUGUAAAAAGUUUCUGGAACAAUAAGUGUGCUAGAUACAACCAGUCUCACUUUCAGUAAUGUUGUGAAAAGAGAAGAACAGUGUCGUAACAAAGGUCCUCGCAACUCCCUAGCGACAGUGUAGCCUUGUAACAGAGUUGAGUUUGUUCAAUCUUGUCUCUGCAAGUUUUUGACUCGUUCUCGAUCUGAGAACCUUUCUUUGUUGGUCACUCAAGAUUAAGGAAAACUCCUUAAAGGUGUAAAACGAUCAUUUUCUAAUUUUCAAUGACAUUAACUCUGUUUGGCUUGCAUUGUGAGAGCUAGAACCUUUCCUUCUAUGCAAAUUACGCUCAAGGAGCAAUCUUGUUCGAUUACGAGUNAGAGUUUUGACAAGUAUAACAACAGUAAAAGUGGUGAUGCUUUCGCUUCUCCUUGCACAUGUAUUCCAAGAUUCACCUUUCUUUAUUACUUUGCAAAGAGGAGAAUGAAAGAUUCUUAUUUUUCCAUUAUUUCUACGUUUAUAUUCUUUUCUUUUCACUAGGAGACGAAAUUAAUCUAGUAUAUUUAAGAGAGUAAGACCUUUACCAGUUUGGAUAAUCACAAUAUCAAUUUGACUCUGCACAAUUUUAUUCUGCUGAAUAAUACAAAGUUGAAAGAGACAUUUUCCUUCUUUUUAGAGCAAUUUGGAUAAGACUAUAUCUUUUCUUCUUUCUUUAUGUUUGACUUGUCCCUUAUGGAAAUGAACGUUUCUUGUAUAUAUAGACAGUUUGUUUAUACAAAACUUUGAGUUGUCUUUGAUUCUUGUUACAAAUAUCUAAAAAGAAGCCUCCACCAGUGUAUCCAUCUGUUUAUAUUUCGCGAGAGUCUUCUGCCUAGUGUCUAACACGAAUAACUUUUGUAUUAUGACUCACUUAUUCAAGGAGCUGAUGUUUGAGAGAGUGGGAAAAGAAUCGGAAACAACUGGAGCUAAACAAAUCUUUCCUUGAAUUUGCAGAGCUUUUUAAAGUUUUGUUUUCUUCGUACUGGAAGAAAUAAGAGUUCUCUUGGAGUUAUCCAUGCCCUAAGGCAGCUUUGUACUUUAUAUAGUUUGCUUUCUUAUAUAUGUUGACAAUUUGUGGUUUUUACAAAGUUCAAAGUUGAUGGUACAAGAGAAGGCAGUGAAAACCUUUAAACCUAAACAGUCAGGUUUACCUUCA